AAUAUAUCGUGUAUAGGUUGAUAAUUGGUCGAAUUAUUAUCAAGUUUAAAAUAUGAAUGUAGUUUAUACAGACAUCUCACUUACACGUUAUCACCAUCGGCGCGGAAUUCAAAAUGGCGGCUUGAGUUGUAAACAAACUAACAGUGGCGAUAUAAAACUUCAUUUUUUAUCUAUAUUUUAGAGUAGUGUGUUUCAGCCAUAAUAAAGUGUGCUCACUGUUUCUCUAUAAUAAAUCGCUGAAACAUUCUAAGACGUGCUUGUUGAAUCGUAGAGGAAAGCAUAUAAGAUUUGGUCCAAUGGCUGAAGGCUAAAAUAACAAGCCUAAACAUGAAUAUCACUACAUACAGUUCGAUCAUUCAUUGUGUAUUGUUAACUUCCCGUAGAAGAUGGCCGAGGACAUGUACAACACAUGAGUUCUGUAACAUGACUACCUACGGAGAUACACCUAAAACUUAGUCAAAGAAACCAAACUUUCAAGAUCAAAAUGGGGACUUUAUAUGAGUGUCUUCGAGAAGCAAGAUUGGAGAAAUAUUAUCCAACUUUUCGUGCUAACGGAAUAACACGUUCAGAGACUUUGUCAAGAUUGAGUCUACAUGAUUGCACAGUAAUGGGAAUAACUUCAGUAGAUGAUAGACGUCGGAUGACAGAGCUGAUAAACAUAAUAAAAUCUGUUCAUAAUGCAAGUAGAACACAAAUCUCUGAUCCACAACUAUCAAGUAAUAUCUCCCGGAAAACGUCACAACCCAGGAGGGCGAGUAGAAGUCCCAAUCCAGCAGCAGGACAAAGUGGUGUAUCCCGAGGCCUGGAAGCAACAAGAGACGUCACCGUGACAGACAGAACACCAAACUUUUCUGCUGCCUCCUAUGUUGAUAUGUUACAGUUACUGACAGAAUCAAGUUCUGAUGAAUCUAGUGAUGAAGCAGUUCAAUCAGACGAACAGAAUAUUCCACGUCAUGUAGCAAGACCUAGCACAGUUUCAAAGCAAACUCGAGGACAGGUAGAGAGAGUCAAGCACACAGGGUAUAACUAUGGCGUUCCUAAAGGAACACUAAGGACUAAGUCUAAACCAGCAUCAUCCACACCAUCGCGAGGUGUGGAGGAUAGGAUUCGUGUUUGUGUGAGGAAAAGACCCGUAUCACACAGAGAGGAGAGGCAUGGAGACGAUGAUAUAUUACAGACUGAGGGGACAAAUUCUGUUGUUGUUAAUGAACCAAAGCAGGCAGUUGAUCUCACAGCCUUCACUUUACAGCAUGAAUUUUUCUUUGAUGAAGUAUUUGAUGAAAACUGUUCCAAUGAAGAUGUAUAUGUGCGAGCUGCAAGACCUUUAAUCAACAGUGUAUUUAAUAAUGGUAGUGCCACCUGCUUUGCCUAUGGUCAGACUGGGGCAGGGAAGACCCACACCAUGAUGGGGAAUGAGAAUGUACCUGGAUUAUACCUGCUGGCGUCCACAGACAUUUUCUCCAUCAUUGAAUCCAAGCAGUAUGGGGAUGGCCUCCAUGUGUGGGUCAGCUUCUUCGAGAUCUACUGUGGCCAGCUCUUUGACCUCCUCAACAGGAGGAACAGACUCCAUGCACGUGAAGAUGGCUCUAAUCACGUGUGCAUCGCAGGACUGAUGGAGACUGAAGUCAGUGAUGUAGCAGGGCUUGUCAAGGUCCUGGACUAUGGAAACUCUGUUCGAAGUAAAGGUGCCACAGGGGUGAACCCCGACUCAUCCCGCUCUCAUGCGAUUCUGCAGCUGGAGAUCCGAGACAACACCGACCACAGGGUUGGCAGGAUAUCUUUCAUUGAUCUGGCUGGGAGUGAGCUCGCUGCCGACGUGACAGACACAGACAGACAGACACGUCUGGAGGGAGCUGAGAUUAACCAGAGUCUGCUGGCUUUGAAAGAAUGCAUAAGGUCAAUUGACCAGUCAAGUCGUCAUAAACCAUUCCGUCAGAGCAAGCUCACCCACAUUCUGAAGGACUCGUUCGUUGGGAAUUCUCGGACCUGUAUGAUAGCCAAUAUCUCGCCCACAAUGUCUGCUUGUGAGAAUACACUCAACACACUGAGAUAUGCAGACAGGGUAAAGGAACUGAAGCGUGAUGGUUCUCGAGGCACUACCAGCAGUCAGGCAGAGAACUUGCUCAUGAACAUUCCAAUAUCAGCGCCAUCAGUCUUCCAUCCGUCCAAUAUCCUGUCCUGCUCUACCCCAAUGCGACCAGUCACGCGGCACACAGCUCAGCGGCCUCAGGAUGAGAAUAUAUUGGAUCCAACAGAUUCCCCUGUCCGUGGACACUUUCCGCAGAAGAAAAAUACCAAAUCAAAAACACCCAACAUUGCCCAAAGUUCCUCUGUGCCAAAACAGUCUGUGUCUGGAACACAUGAUGUAUCUCCAUCAAGGAGGAGAAUCUCAAGACCAUCCCGAGAACCUUCACCAGCCCGGGAUCACAUCCUCAGACAGAACAUCCCACCUCGUCAAUUGGUCCCCGCUCAGCAAACUUCAUCUCCGAGUGGGUCAGACAAAACAGACUCGGAAUCUUGUAAUAUAACACUGCCACGGAACAACAAUCUGCCCCAGCCAAAUAUUCCAGUUGCCCAGUCAACAGAUACAGAGUUUGACUUCCCAACAUCUGAUUUUAAUGUGCCAGAAGAACUAAAUGAUCUCAAUAAAACUGGAGAGAAAAAAUGUGACCCCCCCAAAAGUGCGGGAGAUACUGGUCAUGGGAUGGACAAGACUCAAGGAGUGUCACAGGGACUUCCUAAAUCAUCAGGUCGAAUGCUUCCGGAGACUCCCAUGGUAGGUAAAAUGCAAAGAUCGCAGAGCACUGACUUACCACAGCAACAAGACCGGGUUCCAGACCAAGGUCAGCAUUUGAUGAGACAAAUCCCCAGAAGUAACUCACCUGCGACCAGACGACCUCACUCUGCUGCCGCUGUGGCGGAGGCAAAGGCAGCAGGGGGAGCAAUGCUGCCACUCCCUACUCCAUCAGUGUCUGCACCAGUGCCAUACGCUGCUGUUCCUACUAUAACUCCUUUGGUGGAGAGUAUUGAAGAUGAUCAGUUGUUUGACAACCCUUCUGAACGGGCAAGACAGCCUGUAGUUAGAUCAGAUUCUAUAGCAAGUCCUCAGACAAAGAACGGGUUAAGCAGGCUGAAUGGUGGCAGUCAGCUGAGUGUGAUUCCUGCAGUUUUGCCAGCAUCCAGCAGUGACCUCAGCUUCACCCAGAGGGCCCCAGUGCGACCUCCAGCAGACAUGCAGGGCAUCCUUCUGACCCCCCGGGCUGUUGACAUCGUCCCAAGUCAGCAGCCACAUGAACCACACCUCGUUGUGUCAGAUGUCAGUGACAUUCCUGAACCUCAUCCUGUCCCUCCACCUCCCAGCAUUCCUUAUCACAGAGAUGGAAGUCCAAAACAUGAUUCACUCAAAUCUGAUCUUCCACUUCGUUCCUCCCUUGCCAGGGAGCGACGGACAAGGCAUGCCUCCCAUUCCUCCCAGUCCAGUGACGACUCAUCCAUGGAAGGAGCAAGGACGUCCCAGUCUGACUCUGCUCAAGGUCCUUACAAGGUCAGGUCAAGGAGCAAAAGUAAAAUGACUGAUCUGAGAAAAGAAAAGAGUGACCCGAUGAUAGCUCUUCACAUGCAGACAAAGAAACAAACGCUACCCAACCCUGAUGACUUCCACAAGUAUCUAUCCAGGGGAAACACCCCCAAGGCCGGCAGACCGGCUUCUAGUCCGAUGUCAGUUCCACUUUCAAAACUCUCCUCUCCUGAAGCAGUUCCAAGUCAGCCAGUGAUGAACAUCCUCAGUGAGUCUGAGCAGACGGAGGUAAAGUCAGGACGAAGUAGUCCAGCAGCCAGGUUGAUGAGCCAGGAUUUACGUAGAUCACCAGUCACCUUUGACAAACAUGCUGCUGGUGAUGGUAAAUCAAGUGUAAAGUCAAAGAGUAGGAUGUCUGUGGCCGAUGUGUUGAAGACAACCAGUAGAGGGGAAAGAGCAAAGUCACCAAAAGAUUCAACAGCGACACAUGGUGUCAGUUCAGGUAACCAGAAACAGAGGUCAUCACAUGCUGUACAGAAUGAAAAUAGCUCACAGACUGAACACACUGAUAACCGACAGCCUCGCUCCAGACAGGACAACAUCUCCAUGUCCUCCAAGAGUGAUUCAUCCCAGCAAAGUUCCUUCAACUCAGAGCUCCUCGGCAAGAACAUCCAGACUACAACAGGGAGCUUUGUUGUGAGGAACAGUAAUUCCCCGACCGGAGCAAAAUCAUCCAGUUCUGUUAUUGUAACAGAGAAAUUGACAGUGGGAGCAGUCUUCUCCCCUAUCCAUCCUCAGCCUAUCACCAGUCAUGCAGUUAUCAAAACCAUUUCCCCGACCAGCCCGGCUGCAGAGGUGGUUCAACCCAAACCUGUCACUCCCAUGUUGGCGCCACCAGUUUCAGCUUCAGUAGCAGGAUCUGUGACGGGGUCUGUUGCCAUGGAGAGACAGAGCAUUGUGUGUCAGGGAAUACCACUGGAUGACAAAAAUGAUCCAAGGAGCCGCCUCAUCAUGUCCCAUGAAGACCAGCUGGCUUCAGUUACCUCCCUUUGUAAGCAGGAGAUGAAACUACUCCUGAGUGCCAAGUCUGGACAUCGGAGUUUUGAAGACUAUCUGAGGAAGCUGGGAGAUAUUCUGAGUCACAAGAUGUCCGUGAUGCAGCAGCUACAGACCCAGAUCUCGGACUACUGCAGCGCCCACGGCAUUCAGCGGAGAUCUGUCAGUCAGUCCUCCACAUCCACCAUCAGGUCACACCAGCAGCUGUAGCCAGCCACCUGCUACAUCCCCCAUAGUACUACAGCUUACACGGAGGGCUGACAUUGUGGCCUCUGGACCUGACAUGGCCAUGUGUCAGCUAAAGAAUAAGAAUUCCCACUAUGAGGACCAUCACCUCAGUGAUUGGUCAGUGUCAACCUAAUGUCAACAUUGGUGGUCAGAUUAAAGCGGCCAUCAUGACAGGUACCGUAUAUUACCGUCUAUAAGCUGACCCCAUAGAUAAGCAGACCCCCAAACUUGACCCUUAAAAUCAGUGUCAAAAUGGUAUGUCUCGUACAUAAGCCGAUCCCCGCGAUGGGGUCCUAA